AUGCUUCGGCAGGUUCGCCUUCGCGCUAGGCCGGCCGUCGCCCUUCGAUGGUCAAGGGUGUUGCACUCUCAAUGUCGCCAAUUCUGGAACCGGCAACAGCAGAUUCCCCCAGAUGUACCAACGUACUUCUCCCCUCCCCCGCGGUCAAGGGGCAGCCGGAUCAAAGACAUGGCCAUCGGUUCAGUUCUCACCAUCGGCGCAUUCUUCAUCUACAAAUACUACACCCUGCGUCAAGCCUUUCGCGAACUGCAGGAAUUUGCCGAGGACAGCAAGGAGGUCAUCGCCAUUAAGGAGGAGUUCAGGCAACUUUUCGCCGAGGCACGUGAGUCAGGUGACCACGAUAGACUGCGGGAUGUCACCUUUUCGCUGCCACGACGUCUCUUUGACAAGUACCCCGGCGAGAUUGUCGAGUCAGGCCCGCUGCCUGGAUAUGCCGUGGACGACGAACUCUACGGCAAGGAGAGGGUGCCAGCAGCGGACACGUUGAUGUUUGUGGAGGAGGACCAAGAAACUGGCCUAAUCGGUGUCGUCCAGAUUGCCAUUAACCUGGAGCUGGAGGAUCUGCGCGACCGCCACUCGGCCAAGAUCGCGUUGGACCCCAAGGAGGACAAGCUGGCAGAGCUGUUUCGGCGCGUAGCACACCAAGCGACUAUGUGGAAGAGCGAGGGGAAGCUGGACGAUGAUGGGCAGAUGAUGGUCGUGUUUCAGCUGAGGGAUCAGGCCAUGACUUGUUUGCUCGUCAAGGGAGGCCACUUUCAGACGAUUGACGUCCAUAACUUGUGUUUAUAG